CAUUAAAUAAAGGCGGUUACAACUGCGAACACGUUGUGAAGUUAACUGCGCCGUUCUUGCGCACAUUCGACGUGAGCGAGGAUCGAUUCGCUUACUAAUGAGUUAAAAAACAAACAAACGUGUACAGUUCACACACAGUGCCCGGUCUUACAGACGAAUGCAUAAUGAACAUUGCUGAUAUAAUAGCAAUCGAUCUUACUAACGAUCGAGAGUAUCCGGAAUCCAACAGUUUUCCUCUGAACUCCGGGCCUCCUACAAGUGCUCAUCGUACCGUGCACGGUCACUCGGUCAUUUGCUCGGUACGAUCUUCAGGAGCAUCAUACCUUCCGGUACAGUCUGGCAUCGUGCCCGAAGGGUAUGCAUCUACGGUGUAUGGGGAACGUCGCUAUCCCACCCGGAGUACAACAACUUUGAUCGGUCAGCAAUCGACACAUUCGACACAUACAACGCAUACGACGCAUUCGGUGCAUUCAACGCAUUCGGUACACUCUACGCAUUCAGUGCAUUCGUCGCACCCAGUUGCUCCAACUUUCAGGACAUUCGGUAAUCAUGAGCAUUCGAUCGGAAAUCGGAGCGAGGCUGGAGCCUUAUCACACAUGCCCAGUGUACUGAAAUUGACUCCACCUCGUUCAUCGCCCCCUGCCACGUUGCUGCAAGCGAACGAUGUGAAUCGGUCGCAAACGCCGAUUUUUGCGAUGGACUUUACCCGAAUAAACGCGGCUGGCACGAGUGAGGAAAGUGAGCGGUUGGUGAAGGAUGUGGUGCUCUCGUUUACCAAUUCCAUCGCGAGCAAUGCUAACAGUACUACAUCCUGUGCAGUAUCUCCUUCCGUUGCACCAUCCUCGGCAACUGCCUCUUCAUCGUGCUCUUCUACAUCAUCGGCCUUAGAAUUGAUGAGUCAGAGUGACGUGAGUCUAUGGAGAAAACGGGCGCUCGAAAUCGAGAAAGAUUACAAAAAGUCCGCGUGUGAUCGCGAGCGUACAAGGAUGCGCGAUAUGAACAAGGCCUUCGAUUUGUUACGAACUAAGUUGCCGCAUAAGAAACCUUCCGGAAAGAAAUACUCUAAGAUCGAAUGUUUAAGAGUGGCGAUACAAUAUAUUCGACAUUUGCAACGUGAGCUAGAGUAUCCGACAACGCCAUCGCCACCGCCCGACGAAUAUAUGUACGAUCGCCCAACACCCUACAAUAGCAUGAUGCCUUCGAGCACUUAUAUAGAUUACGAUUGUAACAACAACAUGGCCAUGGUUCCGGCUUCAGCUCCACACACAGUGGCACCGACACCAGUAGCCCAACAACCGUCACAACCUUCGGUGCCAACGUCACAGCCGCUACCGGUACACCAGCACGGUACCAACCCAAAUCCCCAAUGGUUUAUUACUAACAGUUCUGAUGGCUACAGUUAUUACUAUCUUCCAUAG